AUGCCACGCAAACGUACCAGAACUGUAGGGCGCCAGGAGCGGAGCCAAUCUGAGGAGGCGGAUGACCUUGCCGACGUGCUGCGUGUGUUGGAGGAAGAGUUCGCAGAAAAGGAGCGGCUAUCUGAUGACCAGACAUGGUGCAUGCCUGUGAGCCACGAGAGAAAGGUGAAGACGGUCGAGGAGUUCUAUAAAGCAUUCCACGACGUGAGAACGCUGCCGGUCCUCACCUGUAUGUUUUGUUAUCGUAAGCAUAGCAGAGCUGAGUUGCAGUAUGUUGACUGGGACUGGUGGGUGGCAAAUGCCAUCGAAAAGCGCGACGGCUCACCUUUCAAGUGCGUUCAGUGCUUCCCUGUAGGACAGAAGAUUCUCGGGUGCGUAGACUGCGUGAGACACCUGGGGAGAGGUGCGUUAUCGGCAGCAGCGCGGCUGCACACGCAGUUGGGAUGCGAGCACAUGUUUCCUGACGAGCUGAAGGAUCUCACGCCGGUCGAGGAGAAGCUGAUUGCGCUGAACUCGUGCUACGGCUUCAUCACCAAGCACAGCGUCUCAGAUGGACACAGACAAGGCGCGACCUACCCGAGACAUGUGAAGGGACAUAUCACGGUAUUCCCAAACAACGUGCAGGAGCUAGCAACGAAUGUCCUCCCACAUCCGCUCUUGAAGGUCAUGGAUGAUGUCCAUAUAUCAUGGCAGGGGCAGGAGAAACCAGCGCCGAGUGACCUGUCAACGUUACUAUCGGUGCGACGUAACGCCGUUGAGAAGGCAUUGCUGUGGCUCAAAAGGUACAAUCCGUUGUAUGCCGACAUCGAAAUUGACGAGGCGGAAUUGGAUAGUUGGGAUGCGCCGUCACACGGAGUGCCUUCCCAAGUUUUUGAUCGACUGGAACGGAAUGAGCCUUCGGCGAGAGAGAAGAUGCAGACGGCGCACAUUGUCCCACCCACAGAGCGCGAUAUCGACGAUCAUGAACCGGUAGAUAUCCAAGAGAUCAUGGCAUCGUUAGCCGAGGGCCUAAGCACAUCAGGAGAACCGGAAGUUGAUGGCUUCACCUCUGGUGAGGAUGGUGACGAUUGGGUCGAUAUCCCAGAUGCGGAGAAGCUACGGUAUCUCGUCAAGUCCAUGGGUGAGGUGGGGCCCGGGGAGCAUACACACGGAAGUACCUGGAAAGGGUCAGCCAAGGUGAGGCACGGGGGCGCCGUCGAGCCUUACAUCGUAGUUUCCCGUGGUGAAGUCUUUGCAGAUUCCUUUGACACCUGGUUUCUAGCCAAAACAUUUCCCAGCUUGUUCCCGCUGGGCAAAGGCGGUCCCCGGCAGGCCGAAGAGCACUCCAAGGAUGCGACAGGGCAAGUGCAUCCUAUUUUCGAGCUGGAAGCCGCUGCGCAACACCUCGUAUCGUCCCGGAACAUGAGCUUGGAGGCUUGGGUGAAAAUGGUGAUCCAGCGACACGGCGGCCGCUUUGCAACGCAUCCUGUCUUUCCCUUUCUCGUUUUCAAUAUAGGGGUGCGGUCUAGAAACCGCCGCGUGAGCAUGGCAAGCAUGCGGAGGAGUGAUUUCCCGGACGUAGAACGUACCAUCCAAGACUUGACCGCGUCAAGGCUUGAGAAGGCGAGGGGAGAGCUAGAGGCUUGCGGUAAGACUGUCGAUCCAGACGUCAACCGGCUGCUGAGGAACCUGUCACUUUACGGCUACCGUCAGCCGAUGUCAAGGGAGAGCCGGCUGACGAUGCGGCGGAAGAUCAAGUCCCUCAUAAUUCGGUACGGCAUCCCCGCCAUCUGGUUCACGCUCAACCCAAACGAUAUCACGAACCCGAUAAAGCUCAAGCUGGCUGCAUACCGUACCCGUGAGACAGGCGGAGCCGAGGAAUAUCUAAGAAGUCUUGAUCAGGCGUACAAGAGGGCUCGACUCGCGAUAUCGGAUCCCCUCAGCUCGGCAAUCUUCUUCCAUCGGGAGAUCUCCAUGUUCUUCCAGUACUACGUGAUGGUUGGGAAGGAUUCGGUAUUCGGGCGGGUCAGCCAGUACUAUGGGGCAGUAGAGACCAAUGAAAGGGGCGCGCUCCACCUCCACGGCCUCCUCUGGCUGCAGGGUAAUAUGUAUCUGAGUUCCCUUCUCAGCGACGUUCAAGGAGAGGAGCAAGCGGCAUAUCGGCAGCGAGUGACCGAGUAUGUUGACAGUGUCUUUACGGAGGAUCUCGAUGAGGAGUCUUUCGCGAGAGUGCGAGCAGGGAGAUCGGUGACGUCUGACGUGUCGUCACUAUUGGAGAGAGCAUUCCAAUUUCCCCCGACUUUCGAAGAAGAAGCGAACUUCUGCGCAGGUGCCACACAAAUUCACACGCAUAGCCCUACAUGCGUCAAGUACGCGAUCGGGAGACGCGGAACGAAGCAGAAUCCUUGCCGAUUCGGGGCGCCUUGGAAACCAGUGGAGAAGACUUACUUUGACGAAGACGGGCUAUUGCGGCUUCGACGCAGCCACAGCCUGGUGAACCGAUGGAACAAGGUAAUGGCAGUGGGGCUGCGACACAACCACGAUAUAUCCUUCAUUGUGACAAAAUGUAAGGGUCUGGCGCUCGUUUACUACGUGACCAACUACGCCACCAAAGUGGAGGAUCCGGUGUGGAAGCGUGUGGUGGCAGCCAAAGAACUAAUUCGGCUCCUGGGCGAUGAUGGUACUGGGGAUCAGUCGAGCAACAGGCGAGGUCGAACCGAGGGCGACAACCGUCACAGCCAAGCGCGCCGAUUUCUGCUGCGAAUGGCCAACAGAAUCUUCACGGAACGGGCGUUGUCGCAGGUCGAGGUGUUGGCCCAUUUUCAGGGAUACGAGACAGAACUUACAAACAGCACCGCCUGGACGUUUCUGAACGUCUGCACUCUCUACUGGCACAUCUUCCGGCGAUGGCCCCUCCUGCGCCGUGCGGCCGGCGAGGGCGAGCUGGACGAGUCGAUCGGGGAGACGACACUGCGGCAUCCAAACCAGCUUGCGGCGGUCUGCUUAGAUGGCUAUUUAGGCAUGGAUUUUACUGAGGAGGAUGAUUCCUACUACAGGAGAGCAGCAGUACAACACCUUGGCCUCUUCAUUCCUUGGCAUGCUUUACUGUGCGAGUCAUCUGGCGAGAUAAACAGGAUUUGGGAGACACAGAAGACAUGCCUCUCCAAGCGCAUGACGUGGCUAGCGGACAACAUCCAGUUGCUGCGGCGUUCGGCCGAGGACGUGGCGCGGGAUGCCAGGCAGUGGGCGGCAUUGUCCGGCGAAGGAGAUCCCACUGCCGACGCAGUCGGAUCAGGCAGUACGGAAGGGCACGACGCACAGGGCGUAGAGCACCGGCCUGGUGGUGUCGGUUUGGCGACCCGCCUGAUAGACGUGCUAAGGAAUGCGAUGACGAGAAAAGAGAUCACAGCCGGCUCAAAAGAGAUCUCUUCUAUGGUUGAGCAAAUGUACCGCUUCCAAGCGACUGCCCUCGACUCCACCGACGACCUUCGCGCUACGGUCAUCCCUGAUCAUGAUGCGCACAUCCUAGGAGGUUCAAUCUCGCGGGCAGAGAUCCCCCGGCAGGAGCAGCUGAGAUCCAUCAAGUCGCAGCAAAACGGUCUCUCCCGCGAACGGGAGACGAUGAUCCAGGGACUGCAGAAUCAGUUGGGCGGCACAGCAGCCGCCGACGGAGUCGCGGCGCACAGCGGGUCCGACAGGCCCGGCCAGCAAGACGAUCCUACCACGCAUGCCGAUCAAAGGGGCCCAUCUCGGGAUACGGGUCCAUCGACGGGCGUUAUGUUCGGCCCAUCCACAUCCUUUUGCGAGACCGGAAGGCAAGUGGCCGAGUCCUUCACACUGAACCAAAGACAAAGCAUAGCGUUGCAGUUGAUAUGUCGCCAACUUGACCGGAUGCGGCACGACGACAACGAAACCCCCCAACUCUGCCAAUUCAUUGGAGGUGAGGGAGGCACCGGCAAGUCUCGCGUCAUUGCUGCCAUCGCGGAAUUGUUCGUUCGUACGGGACAAUCCCAUCGCCUGCUAUUGACGGCGACGUCCGGCACAGCGGCCGCGAACAUCAAUGGAAUCACUAUCCAUUCCGCUUGCAGAUUCUCUAAAGACACAGUCGCGAGAGUAGGCCGCGCCGGUGACCCAGACGGCUUCGCAUCGUCUGGCUCGGCAGCUCUCCGCAUCGACGGGCAGACCAAGAUGGACUGGCAGGAGAAACAGGUCUUGAUCAUAGACGAAGUCAGCAUGCUGGGCGCUCGGACGCUGCACGCCGUCAACGAACAGCUCUGCAGAUUGAGAGAGUCUGCUCGAGACUUCGGUGGGAUUCCGAUAGUCAUCUUUUGCGGCGACUUCCAUCAGUUCCGUCCCGUGCAGGAGCGAUCGAUCCUCCUCCCCAGCGCCUCUACUACCUGGGAAGGAGAUAAUGGCUUCGGCAUAGAACAGAGGCGGCAACAUGACACGGCUCACGCCCUGUGGAGGAAGUUCACCACAGUGGUGCUGCUAGAUGAGCAAGUCCGUGCCGCGCAAGAUCCGCGACUACGUGGGCUCCUGACACGCAUUCGGAAAGGGGUACAAGACCAGUCGGACGUAGAGUACCUAAACAGCCACUGUUAUCAAGAAGGCAGACGGAUCCCGUGGGAGUCAGGCAUCACAGUGGUGACGCCGCUCAAUAGAAACCGCUGGAACCUGAACAUCGAAGCAACGCUUGCCUUUCGCAAGCAAUGGCAGCGGCAGGUUCGGAUAUUCGUCUCCGAGCAUAGAUGGAAGGACAAUGAGCCGACGGAGGAAGAAGCCAUCAUGAUGUUGGGUCAGGGCGACGACAGCACCAUCCCGGUGCCCGCCAUCUUCAUGUUCGUACCUGGCAUGCCCGUCGCCGUAAACAAAAACACCCAUCAAGGUCUGAAACUGGUGAACGGCGCCAGUUAUACGGCCCAGCACGUUAUUCUCGACAAGGCUCACCCGGGCCACCAGAUCGACGCCGAUACCGUGCUCCAUUUUGGCCCGCCGGCGGGGAUACUGUUGGGGUCAGAGACGACGAGAGACUUCCGCUUCAUUGGUAUGCCCCCCGGUACGGUCCUCCUGACGCCUACGAGUGUCAAGAUAGAGUGCCAAAGGAAACGGCCAUGGCAGCAAGUCGAUGUCUCGCGCAGAGGGCUGCCAUGUGCGCCAGCGUUUGCAUGUACGGACUACAAGGUGCAGGGAAGAACGUUAGAUCUGGUGGCGCUGGAGCUGCGAGGGACCAGGACCACCAACAUUGAUGGCCAGGCGGUCCCGAGCCAAUGCGACCCUUAUAGCUUGUACGUACAGCUGUCGCGGUGCAGAACGCUGGACGGCAUCAUGCUUCUGUCUAGGGCGCGAGAGCAUGACUUGAUAGGGAACACGGUACCGGCGGAGAUGGCCCAGGCUGAACUGAGGCUGGAGCAGCUGAGCGAGGAGACACUCAAGGGCGCGGAAUCCCGGGACUGGCUAGAAUAGAUUUGAAUAGAUUUGAAACUAAUUGGAUUCGAA